AGAGGGUACGUCGCCAGGUGCGUCUACGCGUGAUUUAUAAACUAGACCUCACGUGUCUCCUUGUGCAGCAAAAGUUCGGGGGGCUUCUUUCUAGUCAUGAAAAAACGUGAAUGCCCCUUUAUAAUUUUAAUUUAUGCAUAAUGUGGCCAUCUCUAUUUUUUUUGUAAUUAUUGAUUACAAAGCAGUUUAUGUUGGGCAUUUGGUAAUAUUAUAUACAAGUAGAAAUAAAUGAAAGUAUAAUUUGCGUAGAUUUCAUUUUAUAGCAGGUUUUCAAAGGCAUUCUUCUGUGCAAUCCGGCUUGGGUUUCGAUUUACCUUUUCACAUCGUAGACCAUGUUUACAAUGUGAGUGGUUUCGGUUUCGAGCGCAUGACCAUGCGACUGUUCUACUGCAGUGUUUUUUUACCAGCUGACAGUUAAUUUUGUAUGUUCUACUACUAAAUACUUAGAAUAAUAUGUUAAAAGUUAUCUCUUUGAUAAAAACAGCGACAAUAAAUGUGUGCCUAAAGAGUUAGUGUUUAAGUGAAGAAAUUGGCAGCAUGUCUGUGCAAACAAACAUGUCGUAUCGUUUAUUCGUGAAAAACUUCCCCAAAGAUGCAACCGAAAAAAAAGUCAGAGAUUUUUUCGCGACGAAGGGUACAGUUACUGAUGUCUCACUUAAGUUCACGCCAGAAGGAAAGUUUCGAAGAUUUGGUUUUAUUGGAUUCUCUGAUCCGGCUGAAGCCAGUAAGGCACAAAAAUACUUUGAUAAAACGUUUAUGGGAGCAUCUCGUCUGCAUGUCGAACUAUCGAAGAAUCUAGCUGAGAAGCCCCGCCCUUGGUCAAAGUAUUCUGAAGGCAGUACCGCCUAUCUGAAGGCGCAUCCGCAGGAAGCAGAGAAAAAAAAACGCGAAGACGAAAAAAAACGUAAUGAAGAAGCACUUAAAAGACAACGUGAACACAAAGAAAAAAAGGAUUUUCUCAAAGAUAUAUUGGGUUCUCUGCCAGAAAAUGAAGAAUUUAAGGAGUUCCUAGCGGUAAAUCAAAACGAGCAACUCCUGUGGACCAACGAUGAGGCCGAACAGAACAAAAAGGUCGCGUCGACAUCUCACGAUGAUGAAGCACCCGCCAACGAUACAGGACCCGAGACCGACCUUUCGACAAAAAAAAAACUGCCGAAGGAAAUAUUUCCUCACGUUGUUGUUGUCCGUAAUCUGUCAUUUAAAUGGAAGCGUAAAGACAUAAAAGACUUUUUCAAGGACCUGUCAGUGUGUUCCAUUCGAAAAUGCCUUAAACCGGGCGUAAAGGGUGUGGCGUAUGUCGCAUUUAAAAACGAACCGGAUCUUGUUAAAGCGCUGGAAAAGGAUAAAUGUUUUAUAGAAAGGCGGCGAGUCCAUGUUUUAAAACAUAUUGAUCGCGCCCAUAGGAAUAAGGCAGACAGAGAUGACAAGCGUAGUAAGAAAGCGUACCUAGAUAAAGAAAUUGCUUCAGACGUCAUUACAGAUACGGGCCGGUUAUUCAUUCGAAACCUCCCUUAUUCAGUAACAGAGGCGGAACUGGAGGAGCUGCUUAAGCCAUUCGGUCCUUUAGCCGAAUUACACCUUAGCAUCGACUCUGUUACCAAGAAGCCUAAAGGUUUCGCUUUUGCGACUUUCAUGUUUCCUGAACAUGCUGCGCGGGCCUACCAGGCACUGGACUAUACGACGUUCCACGGCCGUCUUAUGCAUGUUAUUCCCGGAUUGGCGAAACCUCAGGACGAUCCACUGCUAUCCAAGGCUAAAGGAGCUGGCGAUUCGUCCUUUAAGACGGAUAAGGCCAUGAAGAUGAAGGCUCAGGCUGGUAGCGCACAUUCAUGGAACUCACUUUUUCUAGGCGCGAACGCCGUUGCGGAUGUUAUGGCAGAUAAAUACAGUGUAGAGAAAACGAAGAUUCUAGGAACUGAGAAGGGUGAAAGCGUAGCUGUACGUAUGGCUUUGGGUGAAACGCAGAUUGUCAAUGAAACCCGAGAAUUCCUCGAAAAGCAUGGGGUAGACCUAUCGGUGUUUAAACAGAACACAACGGAGCGAAGUAAAACAGUUCUACUAGUCAAAAAUCUUCCAGCCGAUACCAAGGAUAAGACUCUCUGGGAUUUGUUCAAAGGCAAGGGUCAUCAGGCAGUUCGGCGUGUGAUACUACCGCCAUCAGGCGUAACGGGUUUGGUGGAGUUCAAUGAGCCACAGGAAGCGCGCAGUGCAUUCAGGCGUUUAGCUUAUACGAUGUUCCAAGAUCAGCCACUUUACCUAGAGUGGGCCCCUGUCAACGUCUUUUCGAGGGAGGCAACAGUUGAGGAGAGUACGAGCCCGGCGAAUCAAGAUGACUAUACCGAACAGAAAAAAUCCGAAGCAGACCACAAAGAUAAAGAUCUGAAAGAGACACAAAUGCAGAACUCAAACAAAUCAAUUGACCAGAAGUCGGAGGACACAUAUGAAGAGGGAGCAGUACUCUUCAUCAAAAAUCUGAACUUCGAAACAACCAGUGACGACCUCAGGGAGCACUUCGCGCCUUGCGGCGCGGUGGAAGCAACGAUUGCAACAAAGAUGGAUCUCAGUAAACCCGGAAAAACUCUCUCAAUGGGUUACGGUUUCGUCCAAUUUGCUAGCGCCAAAGACGCGAUGUCAGCUCUUAAAAAGCUACAGCAUUCCUCAUUACACUCACACACUCUCGAGCUCAAGGUCUCUCGACGAGAGGUGCAAGUUGCAAGGGUAGUCGCUCGAAAAGAGCAGAAAUAUAACAAAGCUUCAACAAAAAUCCUCGUUCGAAACGUACCAUUCCAAGCUAAUCGCAGAGAAAUUUUAGAACUGUUUGCUGUCUUUGGCGCACUGAAGACUGUCCGUCUGCCCAAAAAAAUGUUCGGCGGAGAUUCAGGCAAUCACCGAGGAUUCGCUUUUGUCGAAUUUGUGACAAAGGGUGAUGCAAAACGAGCAUUUGACGCACUAUGCCAGAGUACGCAUUUGUACGGUCGGCGGCUGGUGCUUGAGUGGGCGGCGGAAGAAGACGAUGACCCGGAAGCACUUCGAAGAAAAAUGGCUGAACAGUUCACAGAAGGCUUGAACAGUAAGCGGCUGAAAAAGUCCGACCUAAUGGAUACUCUCGAAGGUGUAUAACAGAAUUAUAGACUUACAUGGAGAAAAUUAUUAGAUCAUUUGUUACGAGUUAGUAUUGUCUAUGAAUGGAUGCGAUAGAUUUGAAGAACACCCUAACGGCGAUUAAUGGGCAGAUGAAUAACGUUGUCAAAUCGUUAUCAAUAUCACCAUUUUAAGAAUGUUCAAUUUUCAAAUUUGACGUCUAUUAUCCUAUAUAGGAGCAUCUAUUUAUAAUGACCCUUGUAGUUGGUUAACCUAAAGGCUGCCUAAUGGGUAAGCUAUUAAUAACAGCUCUUCAUCGAAGUAAGCGCGUAUUUCAUAAUCUGGCAAAGACUGUAUAGCGAUCGUCACACGACAUAGGACAUCAUUGAGAUUUUGUAAUGGAUUACAAGGAUUACUUAACGUUUUUCAACGGACGCUAACUUUGAGCCAACCAGGCUAUAACGGCAAAUCAACGAUUCACUAUUGAGUUAAAUUAGAAAACCGCUCUUCUAAAUUGCGUGCAAUCAAAUCCGCCCGGUAUAGUAUUGAGUUGUAGGACUAAAAAUUCGGCAUAAAAAGCUUAGCUGAUUGAAAAUAUUGAAAUCUGUUAAUGACCUGGUAUUAUCAAGAUAAAAGAAACAAAGGCACAUUAACCAAAGUGUUCUUUUGCGUUUAGAGCAAAUCUCGAGUAAUCUAAACACGUGCUUUUUCAGGGGCAGCAUUGCUGGAAUAUAUGCUGCGGAAGUACAAUAUAAAUCAGAUUUACUUUCGCGAAUCUGUGGUUUAAAUUGUGUAUCAGUCGGAGCAACCAAUAAACUUUAAUUCAGGGAAAGGUAAUAUUAUGCUUAAAGAUGGUAAGACCUUACGGUCAUCAAAUAUGGUGUGGAAACUGGAUAUAAACAGCAGUCACCCAAGAAGACUCCACGUUUAGGUCAUAUAUGAAAAGUAAAACAAAACAGCCUUCAAAGAUCCUUUCCAAAAAUGUGUAAAUAAACGGAUAUUUUUAAAUUACUUCAUAAUUCGUUCGUAAUACAUUCAUAUAUCUAAUAACAAUUACACAAUAAUGAUAAUAAUCUAGUAUCUAAAUGACCAAAAUGACAAAAAAUUUAAUGGAGCCAUAUUAAUAUACUUAAUGAUAAUAUCGUUAAGUAUAUGUGGACCAGCACGAAACGGCUAGUAAUAAAUAAAGACGCCGUUGUUAUUUCACCUUUAUGUGACAAUUUGCCAUGAGCUAACAACCGUAAAAGCCGUUCUACGCUGUUCUGGCUGUGGACUUACCAACUGUCCGUUCAAGCGAACUGCAGAUUAUUGCCUAUGAGAGUAAUCUAGCAUAUUUUUCUAUUAACCCAUGUUGCAAAAAAACACCAUAGACGUUCCGACGCCUCGUCGUAUUAUUAUAUUGAGAAGACUUAAUGAAUGAAAGAGUUAAUGAGGAUGAUCCAGAAAGACAGAAAAAAAGGAUUAAACAUCGGUUCCAUUUGAUUAAUUUAGUUAACUCUCCUUUCUUUAUCAGCCGCUUUUUUCUAUACCAUUAUCCCAAAAUAAAAAACUAUAUGUUGACGUAAGAUAGUUUAUAUAAUUCGAUGAUGCUAUGAAAAAAAUAUAAGUUGUUACAUUACUGAAAGUACGUAUCAUUUAAUUUUUAUGUUUAGUUUAAAACGGAUGUUUAGUCAAAGCUAGCCUUCAAGCUGUUUAAUUUAUUAAACCAUUAGUUUGCUUACAAGACUUGCUGUACUGAUGAAAACAAAAUUGCUUUUAAUUGCGUUUUGUGAAUAAAUAUGUACCCACUAUUAUUAUUAAUAUUACUGUUAAGCUUGAAAACUUGACAAUUUAUAUGGUUCAAAUGGCCACAUCACUCACGAUAAUGCAGGCACCUAAUAACCGCUGGAUGCUUCUUCCACCUUAUGCCGGGAAAGAAAUGUUUACAUAUGACUUCCUUCACUGUCUAGAAAAUAACCAAAUUGGUGAAUAAAUCGAGUAGGCAUUUUGUGUGCUGCUCGUACUAGACUUCUAGCUAACCUUUAGUCAAUCAAUAUUCUAUCAUUCUUCUUCUAAACUGCAUGCGAUUCUGGCAAACUCUUAUUAUUGUUAUUACUAUUAU